AUGUCUUUGACCUCCACCUAUCAGCACAAGUUAGCAGAGAAGCUCACCAUCCUGAACGAUCGGGGCCAGGGGGUUCUGAUCCGAAUGUACAACAUCAGGAAGACUUGUUCAGACCCCAAAUCCAAGCCUCCAUUCUUACUGGAAAAGUCCAUGGAAUCGUCUCUCAAGUACAUCAACAAGAAAUUUCCCAACAUAGACGUCCGCAACAGCACGCAACAUCUGGGACCGGUUCAUCGUGAAAAAGCGGAGAUCAUUAGGUUCCUCACCAACUACUACCAGUCGUUUGUGGAUGUCAUGGAGUUCCGGGACCACGUGUAUGAGCUUCUCAACACCAUUGAUGCCUGCCAGUGCCAUUUUGACAUUACUGUCAACUUUGACUUCACCCGGAGCUACCUGGACUUGAUCGUCACGUACGCCUCAGUUAUUUUGCUUCUGUCACGGAUUGAGGACCGACGGCUGCUCAUCGGCAUGUACAACUGUGCUCACGAGAUGCUGCAUGGGCACGGGGACCCCAGUUUUGCUCGCCUGGGUCAGAUGGUCUUGGAGUAUGACCAUCCUCUGAAGAAGCUGACGGAAGAGUUUGGGCCUCACACAAAGGCUGUGAGCGGAGCCCUUCUCUCUUUGCACUACCUCUUUGCCCGGAGGAACCAAGGGGCAGAGCAGUGGCGCAAUGCCCAGCUCCUGAGUGUCAUCAGCAUUCCCCCGGCCAUGAUUAACCCUGCUAACUCCGACACAAUGGCCUGUGAGUAUCUGUCCAUGGAAGUGAUGGAGCGCUGGAUUAUAAUUGGCUUUCUUCUCUGCCAUGGGUGCCUCAACUCCAACAGCGAGUGCCAGAAGCUCUGGAAGCUGUGUCUGCAGGGCUCCCUGUACGUCACCCUCAUCCGGGAUGACGUGCUGCAGGUGCACAAGGUCACCGAGGACCUGUUUAGCAGUUUGAAAGGGUACGGCAAGCGAGUGGCAGACAUCAAGGAGAGCAAGGAGCACGCGAUUGCUAACAGUGGCCAGUUUCACAGUCAGCGGCGCCAGUUCCUGCGGAUGGCGGUGAAGGAGCUGCAGGCUGUGUUAAGCGAUGAGCCAGGACUACUGGGUCCCAAGGCUCUUUUUGCUUUCAUGGCCCUGUCCUUCAUUCGUGAUGAGGUCACCUGGCUGGUCCGCCACACGGACAAUGUCACCAAGACAAAGACGCCGGAGGACUACGCUGACUCGAGCAUCGCAGAGCUGCUUUUCUUGUUGGAGGAGCUGAGGGCUCUGGUCCGAAAGCACACCAAGGUGAUACAGCAGUACCACCUGCAGUACCUGGCCAGGUUUGACGCCCUGCUGCUCAGUGACAUCAUUCAGAACCUGUCCGUGUGUCCCGAGGAGGAGUCCAUCAUCAUGUCUUCCUUCGUCAGUACUCUGUCUUCUCUGAAUCCCAAGCAAGUUGAUAGCGGAGAAAAAUUUGAAUUUUCGGGAUUGAGGCUGGACUGGUUCCGCCUACAGGCGUACACCAGUGUGGCCAAGGCCCCCCUGCACCUGCAUGAGAACCCCGACUUGGCCAAGGUGAUGAACCUCAUUGUCUUUCACUCCCGCAUGCUGGACUCAGUGGAGAAAAUGCUGGUGGAAACCUCGGAUUUGUCCAUUUUCUGCUUUCACCUGCGUACCUUUGAGAAGAUGUUUGCCGUGACCCUGGAGGAGCCCACCAUGCUGCGCUAUGCCAUCGCUUUUCCCCUGAUUUGUGCCCAUUUUGUCCACUGCACACAUGAGAUGUGCCCAGAGGAGUACCCCCACCUGAAGAACCACGGCCUUCACCACUGCAACUCCUUCCUGGAGGAGCUGGCCAAGCAGACCAGCAACUGUGUCCUGGAGAUCUGCGCGGAGCAGCGGAACCUGAGCGAGCAGCUUCUCCCCAAGCACUGUGCCACUACCAUUAGCAAGGCCAAGAACAAGAAAACCAUGAAGCAGAGGCAGACCCCCAGGAAAGGGGAGCCCGAGAGGGACAAGCCGGGCGCCGAGAGUCACCGAAAGAACCGCAGCAUCGUCACCAACAUGGACAAGCUACACCUGACCUUGACGGAAUUGGCACUGACCAUGAACCACGUACACAGCUUCUCUGUCUUCGAACACACCAUCUUCCCUGCUGAGUACCUCAGCAGCCACCUGGAGACCAGACUCAACAGAGCCAUCGUGUGGCUGGCUGGCUACAACGCCAGCACGCAGGAAAUCGUAAGGCCGUCUGAACUCCUGGCAGGAGUGAAAGCGUACAUCGGUUUCAUCCAGUCGCUGGCCCAGUUUGUGGGUGCGGACGCCUCCAGAAUCAUCCGCAAUGCCCUCCUGCAGCAGACGCAGCCGCUGGACUCAAGUGGAGACCAGACCAUCACCACUCUCUACACCAACUGGUACCUGGAAAGUCUGCUGAGGCAGGCGAGCAGCGGGACCAUCCUCCUGUGCCCCGCCAUGCAGGCCUUCGUCAGCCUCCCCCGAGAGGGGGAGCAGAGCUUCAGCGCCGAGGAGUACUCCGACAUCUCUGAGAUGCGGGCCUUGGCUGAGCUCCUGGGCCCCUAUGGCAUGAAGUUCCUGAGUGAAAACUUGAUGUGGCACGUGACUUCUCAGAUCGUGGAGCUGAAGAAGCUGGUGGUGGAAAACAUGGAUGUGCUUGUGCAGAUCAGAUCCAACUUCAGCAAGCCAGGCCUGCUGGCUUCCCUGCUGCCCCAGCUGAUGGGCGCUGAGAACGUGUUGAAGCGCAUGACAAUCAUCGGGGUGAUUCUCAGUUUCAGGGCCAUGGCCCAGGAAGGACUUCGGGAGGUCUUCUCCUCCCACUGCCCGUUCCUUAUGGGGCCCAUCGAGUGCUUAAAGGAGUUCGUCACUCCAGACACAGACAUCAAGGUGACCCUGAGUGUUUUUGAGCUGGCAUCUGCUGCAGGUGUGGGCUGUGACAUUGACCCAGCCUUGGUGGCUGCCAUUGCCAAUCUGAAAGCUGACAGCACAUCCCCUGAGGAGGAGUACAAGGUGGCCUGCCUGCUCCUGGUCUUCCUUGCCGUCUCCCUCCCGCUCCUCGCCACCGACCCCUCUUCCUUCUACAGCAUUGAGAAGGACGGUUACAACAACAACAUCCAUUGCUUGACCAAAGCCAUCAUCCAGGUGUCCGCUGCCCUCUUCACGCUCUACAACAAGAACAUCGAGACUCACCUCAAGGAAUUCCUGGUGGUGGCGUCUGUCAGCCUCUUGCAGCUGGGCCAGGAGACUGACAAGCUCAAGACCAGAAAUCGGGAGUCCAUCUUCCUGCUCAUGCGCUUGGUGGUGGAGGAGUCGUCCUUCUUGACCUUGGACAUGCUGGAGUCCUGUUUCCCCUACGUCCUGCUGCGCAACGCCUACAGGGAUGUCUCCCGGGCCUUCCACCUGAACCGGGUGCCUGCCAGCACCCACUGAAGGGUCCCUUGGAGCUAUGCGAGCCUGCACUGUACUGGAGU